UUUAUUUUUUAUUUUUUUGGUAUUCAACUAAGCAAAAAUUAGUAUUCAAAAUAGUUGUCCCCUAGUUGCAACUGUGAAUGGCCACCAAUGCCAUGACGGCGGCGACUGCCUCUGCUACCUAUUAUCAGAAUGUUACUUCGCAACGGUGGAGGACGAACAUUACGCUACUCCGACCAUCCUCACUCGGCCUUUCUUACUUUCAAUCACCGCCGUCCACUACUACUAAAAAACUGAACUGCCGGUGCACCGCCGCAACGGACGGGAACUCCGGCUUCUUCUCCCAGCAAGGCCGAUUUUGAUUACCUCGGGCAGAGCACCAAAGGGGACCUCAACCUUAACUUGGGUAAUUUAUCAAUUAAUUAAUUAUUUAAUUAUUAUUAUUUGUAGGAAUCGAUGACGGAGAAACGGAGAGACGCCUGGACGGCGGUCCUAUUGAGGAUGUGGCCAGAAUGGAAGCUCAAGAAGCCGAACACUUGCUUAAUCACUUGGGCAUUCCGGACCCAUUUUCUUCAAGAUACUCUCCUCGUGGAAUUUUCUGUACUCGAACCCUUAAUUUGCGGUCAAUUAGUGCUAUUGGCUAUGACAUGGACUACACAUUGAUGCAUUAUAAUGUGGCGGUCAUUCGAGGCCUAGUGAUAGACAAAGAGAAAGGGAACUUAGUUAAAGCAGAUCGAUUUGGAUACGUCAAACGGGCUAUGCAUGGAACAACAAUGUUGUCUACUCAGACAUUGAGUGAGAUGUAUGGGAGAGAACUUGUGGAUCUACGGAAGGAGAGCCGGUGGGAGUUCCUAAAUACACUAUUCUCCGUUUCAGAGGCUGUUGCUUAUAUGCAGCUCGUAGAUAGAUUGGAUGAAGGAGCUAUAGCCACAGAUCUUGGUCCGCUUGAUUAUAAGGGGCUUUACAAGGCUGUUGGAAAAGCACUCUUCAGGGCACAUGUUGAAGGCCAGCUAAAGAGUGAGAUAAUGUCGAAGCCUGAACUCUUUGUAGAACCUGAUCCGGAGCUACCUUUGGCACUGUUGGAUCAGAAGGAGGCUGGAAAAAAGCUCUUGCUUAUUACCAACUCAGACUACCAUUACACUGAAAAAAUGAUGCAGCAUUCUUUCAAUAGAUUUCUUCCGAAUGAUAUGACCUGGCGAGAUCUGUUUGACAUAGUAAUAGUCUCUGCCAGAAAGCCAGAGUUUUUUCAAAUGGCACACCCAAUGUAUGAAGUGGUGACUGGUGAAGGCCUUAUGCGCCCAUGCUUUAAGGCUAAUUCAGGGGGAGUAUACUCUGGAGGGAGUGCCCAGAUGGUUGAAAAAUCACUUGGCAUUCAAGGAGAUGAAAUUCUAUAUGUGGGUGAUCAUAUUUAUACGGAUGUUAGCCAAUCUAAAGUUCAUCUCCGAUGGCGUACAGCUCUAAUUUGCCGAGAACUAGAAGAAGAGUAUAGUGCUUUAGUUCAUAGUCGAGGUCAUCGUACCACGUUGAUAGAGCUUAUAAAUCAGAAGGAGCUUGUUGGAGAUCUCUUUAACCAACUACGCCUUGCUCUGCAGAGACGGAGUAAAGGACGUCCAGCUCAGACUCUUGCUGCAACUCAUAUGGAUGACAAGGAACUUAAUGAAAGCAUUCAGAAACUACUGAUAGUGAUGCAACGGUUAGACAAUAAAAUUGGUCCGAUGAUGGAAUCGGAUGGGGAGCUCUUUAACAAAAGGUGGGGGUUUCUUUCACGAGCAGGUCUGUGGGACAAAAGCCACUUAAUGAGGCAAAUUGAGAAGUACGCUGAUAUAUAUACGUCAAGGGUUUCUAAUUUCUUGCACUAUACACCAUUCAUGUAUUUCCGAGCCCAAGAACAGACUCUUGCCCACGACUCGUACUCGUUCCACCACCCCAACCACCAAGAUGCUGAUGAAGAGCAAUGAAUCUCUGCUGCAAUAAGGAUGUGUUGUACAUUAGAGAUUUAGAGAUGACAUGUGAUGAUGCAUGCGGUUUCUUUCUUUGUGUUGUUGUGGAAUACAUAUAUAUUCUUGUAUCUAUCUAUCUAUCUAUUUUAGAUUCAGUGUCGAAAAGUCUAUUUGUUUAUUAUGUAUGAUGCCCAAAGCACAAGUUUGUUUUCGUUCCAGUGAAUAAUUAGGUGAUUUAACGCAAUUUUCACA